UUCUUCGAUUGGCUGACGCGGCCGCGCCGGAGCGGCAAGCGCGGGCUCGGGCCGGCAUUCCGCCAUGAACUGCCUGACGGUGCCCGGUGUCCAUCCCGGCUCCCCCAGCCGGCCCCGCGGGCAGAUACAGGUGAUCUUCGGGCCCAUGUUCUCCGGGAAGAGCACGGAACUCAUGCGGCGGGUGCGCCGGUUCCAGCUCGCGCAGUACCGGUGCCUGCUGGUGAAGUACGCCAAGGACACGCGGUACAGCUCUUCCGGGGUCUCCACACACGACAAGAGCACCAUGGAGGCCCUGCCCGCCGGGCUCCUGCAGGACGUUUACCAGGAAGCGCUGGGUGCCGCCGUCAUUGGCAUCGAUGAGGGCCAGUUUUUCCCAGACAUUGUGGAGUUCUGCGAGACAAUGGCCAACGCUGGGAAAACUGUCAUUGUUGCUGCUCUGGAUGGCACUUUCCAGAGAAAGGCCUUUGGGAGCAUCCUGAACCUGGUGCCACUGGCAGAGAGUGUGGUGAAGCUGAACGCGGUGUGCAUGGAGUGCUUCCGGGAGGCCUCCUACACCAAGAGGCUGGGAGCAGAGAGGGAGGUCGAAGUGAUUGGAGGAGCCGACAAGUACCACUCCGUGUGCCGAGCCUGCUACUUCUGCAAGCGACCCCAGCAGGCCGGGCCAGAGAACAAGGAGAACAUUCCCCUGGGCCUGAGGCAGCUGCAGACAGCUGCUUCUCGGAAGAUCUUCAUUUGACUGGUGGGAGAACGGAGGGGAAGGAAGCUCAGUGCUCACAGGCACCGGGUCUACCUCUCUCUACUUUAGCAAACUGUUCAGUGCCUCAGCUCCCCCUACCCAACCUCCCCCCACCAAGCACCACAACUGAGGAUCCACCGAGCCUGAUGCUGGUAGAAGCUGAAGCAAAAGCCUGGCUAGAGUGAGUUCCCAUCUCAGAACAAGGAGAGAGACAAGCACAGAUACUGACGCUGCCGCACGCAGGCCCUGGAGCCCUGCAGGUCGAGCCAGGCUGCAGAACUUCCACCGCUCACUGUGGCCCUGGCAAGCUCUGGCUGGCACUGGUGCUGCUUCUGGUGCCUGUGAAUGCAGCCCUUCUCUCUCGUGCACUUUUGCUAAAUUCCAGGUUUCUCAAGACAAUGUACAGCCAUUAGUAUUUUAAAUGCAAUUUUUAGUUUUGUUUCUUAACAGUCUGAGGUAACCUGUCCCUUGUCACAGAGCUGUGACACAGCUUUUUAAACUGACACGAGUCAGCCCAGUCCUGGGCAGGCCCCCACCCUCUCUUGCCAGCAUGCUCGCUGGUGUUACUGCCUUGUCAAUUCUUGUUGAAACAGAAGAAGGUGAAGGAGGCCUACCAGCUGACUCUGCCGAGGUGCUGGACCUCAAAGAGCAGGCUGUGACAGACUCCUUUAUAGAGGAACUGGUCCCGGGAAGAGCCUCCUCCAAAUUCAGGGCAGUUCUUCUCAGGUUCAAGGCUGGUGUUGACACUUUAGUGUUAUGUUACCUGUGAGGGGUUUGGAGGUUCAGAGUUUCAUCUACCAAGAUUUGGACAAUUAUUCCAGGGAAGAUUCAGCUGUUUGGUAGAGGGACUCUCCUCUGAGGAGCUGCUUCUCCAUUCUAGUCGUGUCUCUUGCUCCCUCCUCAGCCUCCCAAAAUUCUUGAGGCUGACUCUUAGUCUGCUCUAAGCUGACCAAAGGAUCAUCUUCCCUCUGUGUUUGACUCACAUUCUGGAAGGUUGUUGCUUCCUUAUUUCCUGCAAAAGUGGUUUUUUUUCUGGAAGCCAGCAUCCACAGGCUCUGGCCAGUAGCCCUGUAUCCUGGCCAGGCCAGACAAAGUCCAGGGCUGCUGUUUGCCUGUGCUCCAAGAGCUGCCUGAACUCCCCCUGCUGCCCCCAUGUUACAGGUAAGAAUAAUUGUACUUGCAAGCACUCUGUUACCAGGACUGGGCUUUUCCCAUAGGGCUGGGGAAGGCGCUGCUGCUGCUUUAGGUUAAUAAAUAAUUUAAUAAA